AUGUCGUUCCUAUUACCACCCACUAUUGCGCUCAGCUCAGUCUUCUUCUUCAGAUUCGACGACCCCUACUUGAACUACAGGAAUGAUUCUGAUUCUGAGACGCGUGGCUUUCUCAGAGUCAAUGGAUCGAAUGUCUUCAGCCCAUUAGCAAAGUUCGAAGUGGUGACGGCCAAUACUGGGAUGGGACUAGUACAUAUCAGAUGCUCUCAGAGCAGAAAGUUCCUGCGAAGGAGAUUUGAGAGUGAUGUGCACCUUACUCCGGAGGCUGAUGAAUCAGAGGAGGACCAAUCCAAAUGGUCGUGUACAUUAUUUGAGCCUCAAGUAGCUGAAGAUGGCAACCCCGACAGAGCCCGGUUGUUCCAUGUCCAAUCAAAACAAUAUGCAACGGCAUGGGACAUAGGUGGAGCAGUAAGGGUCUUGAGAUUAUAUGGAGAGCAGCAUGGUCAGAAUAUCUUCGAUAUCAUCGACUUGGAGUCAUUGGUGAUAUUGCCAAAGCAUGUGGCUUUCAAAGGCGACAACGACAAUUACCUUAUGGCGGAAGCUACGACGACGUCGAACCCGACCUUCUCGUCCACUGACAAAGGGAUGCCUGAGUCAUGGUUCGAGGUCUCCACCGAUGGCCAUGGUAGGGUGCAAAUCAAGUCGUUCGACACCAACAGGUACCUGAGGAACGACGCUGGCCGCAACUGGAUUUUGGCUGACUCAGCCGGCAACGCCACCGACCUGACCACCUUGUUUUGUCCAGUCAAGGUCGACACUAGUACGGUCGCUCUCAAAAGCUUGAGCAACGACAGAUUUUGCUCCCGAUACACUGACCUUGGUGUAACAAAUGGUCUGAACGCAAGGCUGACCAGUAUUACAGUACACUCACGCAUGGCGCUGGAAGAGCUUGUUCUCUCUAGGAUAAUCUACAAUGCCGAUUUUGACCUCGCCAAUGCCAUAAUCUACGGCGAGACCCCGGUCACUAUGGCCACCGCAAACGCCAGCAACAACACCUCAGCAGACAACACUGUGGAAUUCAAGUUCGCGUACACGGAGAGUAAGAGCAGCACAUGGAGCUCCAGCCACUCGUGGAUGGUGGGCGUGAGUGUCACCGCCAGCUUAACAAUUCCAUUCGGGCUCGGUGGUAUUGAAACUACAUAUUCCGGGGAGUAUAACGGAUCCUACGAAUGGGGAGAAACAAUUACAACCGAAAACACAUUGGAGACUAUGUACACCGCCACUGUGCCGGCAAACACUUCUAUAUCUGUGAGCCUGAUGGCGACCAAGGGAUAUUCCGACGUGCCUUACUCUUAUUAUCAGCGCGACGUGCUUUAUAACUGUAAAACUGUUGUCUAUAAGAAGGAUGAUGGGCUGUACACGGGAAUAAAUUCAUACAACUUCCACUACGUGGUUACAAUGUAA